AUGUGGAUCUCAAGUGAGAACUUCAGACACAUCAAGAGCUAUGCAAGGUCCAUAAUGAUGAUGGUACUUCUAGACUACAUCAAGGUGAAUGGAGCAGAACUGCAAGGAGAUAAGAAUCUAGAAGAAUGCAUAAUCUGGUACGAAGAAGGUAUACUGCUCGGAAACAACAUCACUGAAGCUUUCAAUUAUUAUGUGAUUGGGCAGUGUUUUCCAGACAUAGAUGAUGUGAUUGAGCAACAGGAGAUUGCAGUGACAGACGAAGGUAAUGAUCUGGUUCAUUUAGCAGUUAUAGAGGAUGAUGCUCCGGUUGAUCAGAAUUUGGUAGGGAUGUCAGUGUGUUCGAUUGAUGAAACAUAUGACAUGUAUAAUGAAUAUGCUUUUAGAUUAGGUUUUAGUGUGAGGAAGGGUAAGCAAAGAUAUAGUGGUGCUAUGAAAACAGUGAAGACGAAGACGUUUCAUUUUUCAAAGGCUGGAUUUAAAAGGAAUUUAGGAAAGGGUUGUUAUGCUAAAGUUGAUGGUCGAACAUGUUGUCCUGCACUUGUUCAAUUUGAUGUAGAUGGGAAUGGGAUGUGGACUGCUUCAAAGCAUGAAAAGUUGCAUAAUCAUGAUUUGGUUCCACCGAGCAAGAGUUACCAUCUACAGUCACAUAGAAUGGUGUCUAGGAAUCAUCUUUCUUAUCUAAAGGAUUUGAAGAAGAGUGGUGUUUUUGUGGCAGAUGGUAUAAGGUUUAUAAAAACACAGUCGAGUGGAUCACCGCGUGUUGGUUUCACAAGUAGGGAUGCAUACAACCCUUUAUGUACUGAUGCAUUGAAAAAAUUGGAUGGGACUGACUCAAAUACAUUGAUUGAAAUAUUUAGAUGA